AUGGCGGAUGAUGUAACGAGAUGGUCGGUGACCUACACGAAGCACAUAAAACAGAAGCGUAAAGUUUAUCAAGACGGAUUCUUAGAUGUUCAAUCAUCUAGUCAUAAGGUUAAGCUAUAUGACGAUUGCGAUAAACUUUUGGAUAGCAAAAUUGUGAAGCUUGAUGAUGUUGUUAAAUUGGGUGAAACAAUAACACUUGGUGCUUAUCUUGUUGACAUUGGUGAUCCUCAUGGAGAUAGUAAACCCAUUCCAAACUUGAUUCUUCAAAGAGACAAAUAUACUACUGAUAAGGCUCACAUGUCCAACAGUAGUAAGCUAAACAAUAACUCCACUUGUGUUAUAGACUGGACUUAUUAG